ACUUAAUAAGAAAAUAGCUGCCCCUCUUUUCAGUUUCCAGGCCUCUCUGUUGCUCUCGCAGAACCCAACACGUCUCCCAUGGCCUCAGCAUUAUUCCCAUCAUCAUCAUCAUCAACCCCUCUCUCUUUCUCUCUCCUCCCCCGUCCCUCUUCCCUGCUGCCAUCUCCGCCGUCUUCGCCACUUCACUGCCACCUCACUCCUCCCCCUCGUCCUCGCUCCCCGCCACUCAGUUCCUCCCCAGCCCCUCCGACCUCCGUUUCGCAGCCGAAGGUCGUCGUCACCCGAGAACGCGGCAAGAACGGGAAGCUCAUCAGCGCCCUGGCAAAACAUGGAAUUGACUGUUUGGAGCUUCCCCUAAUUCAGCAUGCAGAAGGACCUGAUUUGGGUCGCCUUCCUUCUAUCUUGACAGAUUGUGCAUUUGACUGGAUCGUGAUUACUUCCCCAGAAGCUGGUUCUGUCUUUCUAGAGGCAUGGAAGGCUGCUGGGACUCCAAAUGUGAAAAUAGGUGUUGUGGGAACUGGUACAGCUAGCAUUUUUGAGGAAGCAGUGAAGUCAUCGCAGGGAAAACUCAGUGUUACUUUUGCCCCUUCAAAAGCAACUGGUAAAGUCUUAGCUUCAGAGCUUCCAAAGACAGCGAACGGAAAAUGCACUGUCCUGUACCCUGCUUCUGCAAAAGCUAGCAAUGAGAUCGAGGAAGGCCUCUCGGGUCGAGGAUUUCAUGUCACAAGAUUGAACACAUACACAACGAUACCUGUUCACCACGUGGACCAGGAGGUUUUAGAAGAGGCAAUAUCUGUGCCAGUUCUAGCAGUUGCAUCACCUUCAGCAGUAAAGGCAUGGAUCAGUAUUAUUUCACAACCAGACCACUGGACCAAUUCAGUUGCUUGUAUUGGUGAGACGACUGCUUUGGCUGCUAAAAGACUAGGCCUGCAAAAGGUGUACUACCCAAAACGCCCUGGCCUGGAAGGGUGGGUAGGUAGCAUUCUUGAAGCCUUGAGAGAGAGCAAUCAAGUAUAGCAAGUGCCAUUGCGGAAAAGGCCGUUUACCCAAGACCGCACGGUUCAGAAGCUCGUAGUUUACUGAAGUUUGGGCAGGACAGUGGCCUGAAGAUUGUGCAAGGCAGCAACAACCACAAAACUGGGAGCAGGAUUGGAGCGUCGCAUGUUGCGGAACCAUUCCUGAAGGGAAGUGGCUUGAGGAGAUUGAGCAACCAUUGUUGAAUGUAGUAAUUUUAAUUUUUCACUGUACAAUUCUUUCCGCUGUAAUUAACCGAUGUCACAUUAUGUAUCAUUGUCUAAACGAGUAGAUUUAGAAGGUUCAUCCAUUAGUCAACUUCAAGAAUCUCUUCUGAGUCACAUUAUUUACUGGAAGAUUUGUGCGCUUUCCCACCAUUGCGGUGAUCACUUA